GUCUCAACGUAACAGACGAACGGAACAAAAUAAAAUACCAAAAAAAUUAAAAAAAUAUUAGUUUCACAAUAUAUUUUUUCGAUAUGUCUUACAGCACCGCCUUAUCGAUGGCACAGAGCCUGAUCUCCAAUAUACAGAUCGUCGGACAGGCCCACUUGGCAACUCAAAUACCGAAGAUAGAUGCUGCCUUCCGCCUGGUGGGACCUGCACUCAAGAGCACCACUGGAAAGAUAUUGAUUUCAUUCGUCGUCGGCUAUUAUGCAACCAAGAAGCUCUCACUGAUUUGCUACAAAAUGCUGGGACGCAAGCCAGCUGAUGAGGAAGAAUCGGCCGUUUUCCUCAUGCCUCUGCAACUCACCUUGGAACAGUUGUCCACAUUUAAUGGACAAGAUAAUAAGCCAACUUACACGGCUUUGCAUGGCAAGAUUUACGAUCUGACAUCGUGCAUGAUGCGCCAGGAUGAUGCAAUUUUCCAUCUCAUUGCUGGUUGCAAUGCUGGUCCAAUACUUUCUAAGGCAUACGAAGCCAUUGGAAUCUGCAACGUGAACAGCAUGGGUUGAUUGUCCUCCAGCAUA